UUAAAGAAUAUCAUAGCUUUGAACGCGGUAUGAAUCUUCGUCGACGAACUCUUCAUUAGCUUCGAGCGGCUCCGAUGUCUACGACCGGAUUGGCCGACUCGGCGUGUUUGUGCAGGUCACCGAUAAACGAUCUUCCUUCGUUGGGAUCAGAACUAGGGUUUUCUUGAAUCAGUUUUAGCUUUCGUGCUCUCAGAAUAAUCGGGGAGAAAAGAUGGAAUCGAAAUAUAGUCCGCUCGAUUCUUCCAACAUAGGCUUUCAGCUAUUGAGGAAGAGUGGUUGGAAGGAGGGUACGGGUCUGGGAGCCUCCGAGCAGGGUAGGCUUGAACCAAUACAAACACAAAUAAAAAAGAAUAAGUGCGGGAUUGGUGCUCAGAUGAAAAAGAAGAGCUCAACGGAGCAUGUCGCCGACACCCGAAAGGAAAAUUCUGAGAAGAGACCAAAGGCAAUAUCAAAAAGGUUAAGAAAAAUGCUGCAAGAAGAGCAGCGAAUGAAAGAGAAGGAAUUUGAUCAAGCUUUCUUCAGGGAUUUUUGGCCAGAUAAUGUUUGAAGCAUUUGAACAAUUAUGUUUGCCUGAUUCAAACAAUUGAAACUUGCAGAGAGGUAUCUUCUUUUUCUUAUUCGAUUUGUGUUUUGUAUAUUGAUCUAUGUGGCAACAAAAUUAGGUUUUCUGUAAAUUAAGAACUUUUCAGCUUCUGUUACAUAAUUCAUCC